AUGGAGCUGGUCCCCGGGCGUUGCCGCGGCAGCGUUCGUAUCAUCGCGGCGCCGCGGGAUUCCAGGCAGUUGCCGGCGGAGGCUGGAGCGGUGCUGCCGGGCGCCCGGGGUCUGCACAGACGGUUGGAGGCGGCGAGGGACAUCCAUCAGAGGAGAGGCAGGAGACCUAAGUACCAGAACCAGAGGGAGGAGUGCAGCAUCACCAGGGCCUGUGAGCACCCGCCCAGCAGCGCUCCAUCCCCCAGGGCAGGGGCCCAUCAGGGCACGGAAGUGGCUGUGCCCCAUCUGCUGCCAAAAACACCGGGACCUCCCAGGGGCAGGGGAAAGGAGGGAAAGAAAUCAGGCACCUUCAAGUCCAGAUGGAGGUGGCCAUGGGUGCGCCUGGGCAGGCGGGAGCCAGUGCCAUUACAGCUCCCGGCACCCGAAGAGCCGUGCAGCUCCCCUCCUGGGUCAUCGGGCAGCCUGGAGCCCGGCCCUGCAGCCCCACAGCAGGAGGCAGCCCCCUGCCGAGCCAGGGACGAGGGCCCAGCCGCCCUGGGGCAGGAGCUGAGCCAGGCCCACAGCAGCCCCUGCUUCAGCCGCAGCUCCUCCUGGGAUGACUGGCACACAUCCCAGGAGUCCGGGAACACCAGCCCCAGCACCAGCUCCUCAGAGGAGGAGGUGGACCCUGAAAACUCCCCAGAGGCCAAAAGCACCAGCACGAGCAGUGGCUCCUCCUUGGAGGACACCGGUAGCUCAGAGGAGUCCAACACCACCACAUCGACCAGCAGCUCCUGCUCGGAGGACUCCAGUACCUCCCUGGAGUCUGGGACCAGCCCAGCCCCCGGUCCCACCCGCACAGUGAUUCCCAGCCCAGCCGGCGAGGAGCUGGAGGAAGAGGAGGAGGAAGAGGAGGAGGAGGAGGAAGAUGGAAGGUCCCCAGAAGAAGCUGCCCUCCUCCUUGUGAAGAAACACCUGCAGGACCCAGGGGAGAUGCUGGAUGGGAAGGACAGGCAGCGCUUCCUGCUGGCGGUCAUCAGCCUGACCAUCGCUGUGGACCAGAGCAGAGCGGUGGCUGUGGAGCUGGAGGACCUGAAAGCAGCCGUGCUGGAGAGGGUCAUGGUGAGCAGCACAGGACGGUGUGGGGAGAGGAAAGGAAUGAAAAUAGGGUCUCGUGAGGCCAGGAAGCAGGGGAGAGGUGGAGCAGGAUGAGAGGGAGAAGGGCAGGCACGCCUGGGCCUGGGCGCUGGGCAAUC